AAUAUCGUUCAAUUGAUUAAAAGUUGCCUGACUGCCUAAGGUUGCAAGUUAGUAGUUAGUACUGACCACUGACUAUCACUUUUGCAGCUGCAACGGCCAUGGCCAUGGUUGACGGAAGCAGCUGAAGCUGAAGUCGAAGCUGGAGCUGCAUUUGGAGAACUCAAGUACGUGCAACAACCUUAACCCUAAAGCCAGGCCAGCUGGAAUGGACCAUGUCCACUGCAAACCGCUCUCUAUCUUGGCCUGGCACCACUUGAUAUCCGGCUGCUGAACCCAAUUUUGUUGAUAUAACGUUUCCCUGGAAAAGCACACAGUGAGCGCACAACACAAUGGGAAUUAUGCGAGCCAAGCCGAGUUGGCAACGCAAUAUACUUUCUAUUUCAAUGCUGCCUGGGUUAUGGUUACAUCAACUCGGUCCUAGGCCCAAUUCGCAAAUCUUUCACUUUUUUUUUGUGGGCUGCGGGCACCUCUAUAAAAAGCCUUGGACAGAUGGCAGCCAUUCGCAUUACCUUACCGAGAUCCGGCCAGGUUAGCAGCCGCGUACACAAGAUGUGGAAAUUCAUAUUGAUUUGCAGCAUUCAGCUGAUUUUCGCCUCGGAGCACAGCGGCGAGGGAUUCAGCGGUGGCGGUGGCGGCGGUGGAGAUGGACAUGGCUUUGGAGGCAGUGGCUUUGGUGGCGCCAGCAGUUAUGGUGGUCAUGGUUAUGGUGGCAGCGGAGGAGGAGGCGGUGGUGGCGGCGGCGGCGAUGGCCACUAUCAUCAUCACACACCCACCACUUAUUCGGAGAUCUCGAAACAUGUGCCCGUCCAUGUGAUCGAGAAGGUGCCCCUGCCCAUACCCCAUCCAGUGGCCGUGCAGGUGCCCAAUGUGAUCCGGCUGCAGAUACCGGAACCCUAUGCCGUUCACGUGCCCGUUCAGCAGGAGAUUCAGGUACCGGUGUACAAGAUAGUGCCCGAGAUCACCGAGAAGAAGAUCCCGUAUACCGUGGAAAAGCCAUAUCCCGUGGAGGUUGAGAAGCCCUAUCCGGUGGAGGUGAUCAAGCAGAUCAAGAUCCCGGUGCCAAAGCCCUAUCCUGUUCCUAUUACCAUAUACAAGCAUGUCCUGCAGAAGGAGCAUGGCUGGUGAUGAAGGCAUAUGUUUUAUUUUUGGUUAAGUGUGUAUAAGUAUUAGGCUGCUCAAGCUCUAGACC